AUGUUUGUGGUAAGUCUGAUUUCUCGUUUCAUGUCAAAUUCAACUGAAAUGCAUAUGUUAGCUAUAAAGAGAUGCUUGCGAUACUUAAAAGGAACGGUUGAUUAUGGAAUUCUGUAUAAAAGAGGUGGAACAGAGGAGCUAGUUGGAUUCAUUGACAGUGAUUACGCUGGAGAUUUAGAAGGAAGAAAAAGUACAUCUGGCUAUGUAUUUUUCAUGAAUAAAUCAGCAGUUGCUUGGUUAUCUAAAAAGCAACCUAUUGUCACUCUCUCUACAACAGAAGCCGAAUUCAUUGUUGCAGCUAGUUGUGCAUGUCAAGCAGUAUGGAUGAGAAGAAUACUGAAGGAGAUAGGCUAUUCACAGCAAGGAGGUACAAUGAUUAUGUGUGAUAAUUCUUCUACUAUCAAACUGUCCAAGGAUCCAGUAAUGCAUAGCAGGAGCAAACACAUUGAUGUGAGGUAUUUCUUUUUAAGAGAUCUUAAUGAAGAUGGAGUUAUUAAGUUGGUAUACUGUGGAACGAACAAUCAAAUUGCAGAUGUGCUGACUAAACCAUUGAAGUUGGGAGCCUUUCAGUCAUUUCGAGAACAACUUGGAGUUUACAGGACACCUCUGUUAAACUAA